AUGCUGUGUGACCUCCUAGGUGGUGCAGAACUCUUGUUUGAUGGUGUCAAAAAGCAUCAGGUGACUUUGCCCUGUCAACCAGAGCCUUGGGAUAUCAGAAACCUGCUAAAGUGGAUCAAACAGAAUCUGUUGAAAGAACGACCAGAAUUAUUUAUGCAAGGGGAAUCCGUGAGGCCGGGAAUUUUGGUGCUCAUCAACGACGCAGACUGGGAGCUAAUGGGUGAGCUGGAUUAUAAACUCCAGGACCAGGAUAAUGUGCUUUUCAUCUCGACAUUGCACGGCGGGUGAACUCCUGGAAAAACAAGAGGAUGUAAAUCCCAACCCCUGGGCAAAAAAAAUCCAAACAAAAACCUAAACCCACCCAAACCUCUCUUGAACUGCCUUGUGCCCGGUCUCUGCAUCUUCCCACCGCGUUCACUUGUUACUAGCCAUCCAAAUAAAGCCCCGCCAGCACACAGCCUGCUGUCUGCCACAACAGCAUCCAUCUUUUGGUCCUCAUUUCACCUCUCCUGACUGCACUUCCAGGUACCCUAACGAGCAGAGAGCAUCUGCGGCGUGUGGGACUUUGUUUUUCUGUGACGGGAGGAAGAGGGUUGCCGAACCUUGAGUAGGACGGUGUGUCUUUGCAGGCAAUGGGGCGUUCUGGGGGAGCUGUGCCUGCUUUGGGGCAAGGCUGGGGGGGCCUCUGCGUUGGUGCUGGGCACUGGGGUUCUUUUCACACAGUGGGUGGUGUUGGUACAGCCCGUGCACCAGCCGCGGGGACGAUGAGGGAAGGGCGAGACAUGAAGUGCAAGAAACAAAAGGUGACUUUACUAGUUUUUUCUCGGAGGUGACAGACAUUACAGCUUGAGAGCCCUCUCUAGGAGCUUUCCACUCGUCAUGAUGGUUUAUUUGUGGGAAGUGGGAGAGAAAUAGGCUUUUUUGGUUUGGUUUUUCUGAUGCCUUUGCGGCCUCCCUCCUACCUGAGCUGAGGCAGGGUGAAGUACUAGCCCACGGACAAUGUCAAUUUAUAACCAUUUGGUUGGAGGGGAAACAAACCCGUGCCUGGCCUGAGACAGCGCGGAGUGAUAAGGGCAGCAAAUUAUCUUUCUGUCAGCGUGAUGGACAGAAUUGAUCAGCCUGCCUCGCCUUCCGUGGCUGGGGAAGGGCUGGGGCUGCAGGGUUUGCAGCGCGGAGACCCCCCUGAGGAAAGAAAAUCAGUGGCUUUAACCCUUUCCAUCAGUGGGAGGGUUGGGGGGAGGCUUCUUACUGCGCACCCUGAGGAAGUCCUGUGAGCGCAGCGGAAGUGGGUGUGCUCGGCUCUGCCGGGGCAUGGAUGCUCUUGGCUUUCCAGAAGUUUCCUCGGACAGACGGACCGGCCCUCCUGCCAGCCGGGAGGCCGCGGGGCGAGGGGAGGGAAGGGGGCAGAGAGGAUGGCGUCAGUGCCAACAGGUCCAAAACGUGCUGCGUGAGCUUCCAGGAGCAUCCCACCGGGAUUGUCCUUCCUGCUGUCCUCCCCCCCACCUUCCCUGGCUCACCUGCCUUCUGGCACGGCUCCGGCAGCACCCGGGGGUCCCCGGCAGCAACACUCCUGCCCCAGCAGUGGCUUUCCCCGGGACAGGGGGGCUCUCCCCGGGGCAGGGGGGCUCGCCGGUGCCGUGAGCCCAAUGGGUACCCUCUCAGAGCUGCACCACAUACUGCUCGCCCUGUCCUCAGUCUCCAGGAGCUGCCCAGGAGGAGCUGGGGGGUGAUGAGCAGCACAGUCCACCAGCCCCUGCUCGGGCAGCCUGGCCUGACCCCCCCCCGGUGCUCCGGAGCAGGAGCCUUUCCCAUCUCAUGCCUGACGGAGGAGUUUCUCCGUCUGACGCGGAAGGGAAUGCCAGGGAGCAGUUCCCCCCCCGACUCCGGUGACUCCUCUCUCACAUUCACUCCACCACAACCCCUGUAACUGAAAGCACCCCCAAAACAGCGCCGCUGCUGCGUCUGAGAAACCCUAAUUUCAAAUAAUAACGAACCACAAUAUUCAGCUUUUUCCAAAUCCAGCCGCAGCCACUCCAGUCCAGCUUGUUUGUAAAUGACACGGACGGGCCGAGGGCUCUUCUCUGUCCCAAAUUCAGGGCUGUAUAAGCUUUGCUGGACCAGGGGAACGGAGCGGGGGGGGUUUCCAGGUGUCGGUAGGAGCUGGCUGAAAAACAAGGAACCUGUGGGGCGUGCAGCUCGAAACGGGCUGAAACCCAAGUGGGAAAAGGCAGGUUCAUCUUCAGCGCUGCUGCUGCCGGCCCGGCCUCUACGCUGCUUUUUUGCCUUAGGCCGGGCUUGUCUGUUCUUAUUCCCCCCCCUUCCCUCCAGCUGUUUGCUCCCAAUAGGAUGAGUUCCUUCCCCGGGAGGUGUUCUCCCCCUUCCUAGCGCAGGUAGACCCAGAUGGCUCAGCUCCUGCUGUAGUAAAAACUGCCAAUCAUUGCUAAAAAAAAAAAAA